AGCAAAUGUCAGCGCUGGGAAAAGCUCGGCGCAUUUUCCAUGGUGGUUAUUUAUUAACAAAAUCAGCGUUUAGGCCCAUAUUUACCAGCAAAAUGACCGACAAGACGGGAGAUUAUUCGGAUACCAAUGGCUUAGAGAGCAAAACACCGUUCCUAAUCGGUGUGGCUGGAGGAACUGCAAGUGGCAAGUCAACAGUAUGCCAGCGGAUCAUGGAGAAGCUGGGCCAGCAGCACAAGGACCACGCGGAACGGCGUGUGGUCUGCAUCAGCCAGGACUCGUUCUACCGCAGCCUGAACCCAGCGGAGAGGCUCCGAGCCGAGCGGGGCCAGUUCAACUUCGACCACCCCGACGCGUUUGAUGACAAGAAGCUGUUGGCGGUGUUGAAGGAUAUUCUGGCUGGCAAGAAAGUGGACAUUCAGGAAUAUGAUUAUGUUAAUAAUUCUAACUCAUCCCUAACGCACACGAUCUACCCGGCGGACGUGGUGCUGAUCGAGGGCAUCCUCGUGUUCUACUUCCCGGAGGUGCGCGACCUGUUCCACAUGAAGCUGUUCGUCGACACCGACUCCGACACACGCCUGGCUAGGAGAGUCCCUCGCGACAUCAUGGAGCGCGGGCGCGACCUGGAGCAGGUGCUCAACCAGUACAUGAACUUCGUCAAGCCGGCCUUCGAGGAGUUCUGUCUGCCGACAAAGAAAUUCGCUGACGUCAUCAUACCUCGCGGGGCUGACAAUCUGGUGGCCAUAGACCUGAUAGUGCAGCACAUCUCGGAGUACCUGAAGCGCGCGCCGCGGGAGGCGCCGGCCGCCGCCGAGUACCCCGGCUUCAGCUCGUCAGUGCCGGGCAGCCCGCAGCGGAGCGGCAAGAUCGGACGCCCGCAUUAGGGUGGGAGGUUGGGGUAAAGGCAGAUGAGAGUUGGCAGUUUACCUUCUAGUGCAUCUUGUGGCGGUUUCAGAAGACACAAUACGUAUAUUAAGAUACUAUGGCCUUAAUUAAGAGUGACCUGAAUAUGGAAAUUAAGGACGCUAUCUCACUUUAUGAUAAGAAUAUAAGUACCUAGGUAAUUUCUCAAUCACUUAUAAUCUUCAAAAGCCUUUAGGGUGAUGUUCCUGCUAUGUUGCAGCAAUGCUAUAACACGCGAUAAAACACUUCAUUGAAAAAAAAACAGUAAUUAAUAUAAAAGUAAUUUAUUGUUAAUUGAGAUUACAACAUAUCUGAACUAGUCAAAAAAGAAAUGAUUUGAAAACUAAGUUACUGUGCUCAACGGCAUUAGUACUUAUCUGUUUAAUGAAUACAAUUAAUUUAUAUUUAAGAGAUAUAUUUUGUUAUUUAUUUGAUUAGUCUAAAACUGUGUUAUUUUAAGACUCACGAAUGUAAAAAUUGUGAGCAAUUUUUAUAUUAAUUGUAUUAGAUAGGUUAACUGUAGUCUUAGUAGUUUGUAUGUAAGUAUCUAAUUGGAUUUUUUGUUACCAAAGAGUAAAACGUUUAGUUUCGUAACAUCCUAUGUCAUUAUGACUAUACCUACUUAAUCACCUAUAAUAUUGUGAAUAAGUUACUCCGGGCUCUGAUAGGAUGUGCCAUGUAACUUGUAAGAUAGUACCUAGUAGGUACUUACAUUGUAUAGUCCUAAUGUACCUCUAGCUCUACGAUUAUAGGUGGACUUCCCGUUUCACACCCUGUUCAGUGCUUGGCUUCUUGUGUAGGCAGUGGUCCGGCCGGCGAAGAUGAACGAGAAAUGAAAAGAACUAGAAACUAUCAGCGGGAAGCGAGUGUAGUUUUGUCGCCGGGCUGUAAGAGAGAGUGCGUUAUUGGCAUCGCACAUCUAGGUACCUUCAUUGGCGCACUGUAUAGAAAUGAUGAAGCGAGUAUCGCUGAGGGAGUUUAUUUUUGAAAGCUCGUCGCUUAGCGAUAAAACUAGCAAAGCCGGCAGUGUGAACAAUCAGCGAUCAACUAUUUUGUAUAUCCAUAUCUUUUUUUACACGGAAUGUUAUAAUAUGUAUUGUUCGUUUCUUGAGCGAGAAAAUAGUCGAUAGAAAAUCGUUUACUCGCCGUUGGUGGGACCACUGCCAUAAUAUUUGCAAAACUUUUGAAUCUGUCAUUCAUACUCAGCAAUGUACGUCUACUUUACACUCGGGUACUCAACAGGGUAUAAAUCGGGCUUACAAAUGGUCAAAUUAAAUUUCUAAUUUCUGAAGUCGAAAGCUUGAAAAUAUGCAGGUAAGACUAAAAUUAUAUUGUGUUUGACAUUGCUUGUUGAUUUGUGUGUACUAAAGUGUAAAAUUGAUUUGAAAAUAUUUGUUUUGUUUAAUUAGCUAGGUAGGAUGUUUGAAAAGUCAUUAAUUAAUAAAUUGGCAUUAAUAUUGUACCGAAGCAUUCAGUAAAUUUUAGAGUGUCGAUUUAUUCCAUACCAAAGAUAGAAACCAUUGUUAAAUUAAUUCUUCUACAUAGAAUUUACCUUUUCUAAUAAAUAGACAAGUAGGUAUUAAAAUGAAAAAAUAUAUCUUUAGAGUUCUUUCGAUCAAAAUUCUCACAUUAGUGCCAUCAAAAUAGAACUGAAUUAAACUGGAUAAAGCUUGGUUUAUCUUUGCACAAUGAUACUAAUUUAUAAUGAUGGGGUUCAUGUUAUUAAAUGACUGUGUUUAUUAUUUUGUAUUUGCUUAUUGAACUUAUUUAUGUUGCUUGCCACGUACCACGCAAAUAUAGCCAUAGUUAUAUUGUAGCCGGCAAUAAAGUUUAUUUUACCUAAAAAAAUAGUUCUUUUAUAUUUAACUUAUCUGAAUAAAUAAGCUAAAUUUAUAAUGAGUGCCCUCAAAAUCGCUCCCUUAUAUCUACCCAU